AUGCAAUACGUGGAUCCGCCCGCGCAACAGAUGAUGAACAUGAUGUCAGGCUACGGCUGUGGCUACGGUCGCGGUGAUGCUAUAUCUCCCGCCUCGGAUUUGUCUUCGUGCAGCAGUGCCUCGUCAGGCACUUGGUGCGCUCCGCCUGCAUGGCUGGAGCCGCAGCCGGCCGCUGCGCCCGCGCCGGUCACUUCAGUCGGAAGUACUAAUUACGGUACUGUGCCGGUUGCGAGUGCUCCUAAGCAGAUGUCUCUGAACUACGCAGCGGUGGCUCCGAGUAUGAUGCAGAGUGCAGCCAACUAUAACAGUGGUGGAAUGUUCGGGAGUGGGAUGAUGUCGGGCUGGUACCCGGACAUGAGGCAGGACGGGUUGUACCCUCGGCCGCCGGUCCGUGAUCAUAGGAUGUACCAGCAGUACCCGGCUCCUAUCAGUACCUACCAGUGUGCUUCGAAGGACAAUUACGCGAUGCUCCAGGGACAUUAUAACUUGCAACCUCCUGUGGCAUUAGGACAAUAA